AUCACAUUGUUGGGCAUCGGGGUCGGGGAUGGGACACAGAAGACAGAGGGAAGGGACCUCUGGGUCCAGCAGCCUGGGCCAUGUCGAAAGUGGCUAGCUUAUCUUACAAGAAAAGCCAGAAACUCUUACAGUCCUUGCGCGACCAGCAACGGCACUCCCUGGGCAAGGGGUUUGAGAGUACCAAUAUCCUCCUCUCGCCCAAGUAUUGCCUCAAAGACAAGGAUCUGAGAAAGAUCCACAAGGCUGCCCGUGACGGGGAUGCAUCCAGACUGCAGCAGCUCCUGCUUGGGAAGUGCGGUGUGAACGACAGAGACAAGAAGAAGAGGACCGCCCUCCACAUUGCCUGCGCUUACGGCCACCCAAAAGUAGUGAAGGCCCUGAUCGAAGGAAAGUGUGAGGUGGACGCCAUUGACAGUGACAAAUGCACAGGUCUGGUGAAGGCUGUGCAAUGUCAGGAAGAAGAAUGUGCCACCAUCCUGCUGGAGAACGGUGCCGACCCAAAUAUUGUGGAUGCCCGGGGCAACAGCGCUCUCCACUAUGCUGUCUAUUAUAAGAAUACAUUCCUUGCUGCAAGACUGCUUGAACAUGAAGUGAAUAUUGAAGAGAAGAAUAAGAGUGGCUUCACGCCAUUUUUACUGGCUGUCAGUGAAAACAAACUGAAGAUGGCAAAAUUUUUAUCAAUGAAGAAUGCUAAUGUGCAUGCAACUGAUAACCGGAAAAGAACAGCCCUCAUGCAUGCUAUAAGUCAUGACUCAACAGAUAUAGUCAGAUUUAUUCUUCAGCAAGGUGUAGACCUCUUUUGGAAAGACGCCUUUGGAUUGACUGCAAUCGAUUAUGCUGAUAAUUUUAAAUAUUAUGCCAAUAUGAAAAUCCUUCUUGAAUAUAAAGAGAAGAGAGACGAGAAGUCUGAAAGAGUCAGCCUAGUGGAGGAAAGGACUGAAGAGGACUCUUCCAGAAGUGUCUCGAUAAUGGAGGAGGAGAGUGGGUACACUGAGUUCAAACGAAGACUAGCCAGCAUCCAGAGUGGCUCUCUGCUUCCCAGUUCUUCAUCUGACCCAAAAGAAGGACCAACAGAGUCAGGGAGUGGAAAAAAUGAAAAAGAGCUGGCUGGAGGGGUGACAUCAGUGGAAGAACCGGGGAGGCUCGAUGGCAGAGGAGAUGACCAGCUCCAGGAAGGAUUGGCUGAACCCGGAACUGGAAGAGAAGAACAAGCAGAGCCGGCUGAAGGGGUGAAAUCAGUGCACGAACCAGGGAGGCUCAAUGACAAAGGAGAUGACCAGCUCCAGGAAGGUGCAACCGAGCCAAGGGCUAGCAAAGAAGAUGAAGAUCUCCCUUUUACAGAUAUGGCACACACAUUAGCCACAGAAAAAGAAGUUAAGGACGAAUCAUCCUGGGAUUCUGAGAGUGUCUCUGAGACUCUUCCACUUAUUCGCGUUGGUGUUGAUGGAAUGUUACAAGUAAAUGGCCAAGCAGUAGAAAAUCCGGAGAAAUAUCUUCAUUGGCUGCCUAACAGAAAAGGGAAAGAUUCUGUCCCUGAUCAAAGGAAAGGAGUCGGGGAUGCACAGGCAUCCACACCAGCAGAGCCAGGCUUAGAACUGACUUCGGAGGAAGAGCGCAAAGGGCCUGCCAGGAAUGAAGAAAAGCUGUGUCGGCCUUCCUUAAAGGUUGAAGAAGAAAGGAAGCAGGAAUGGGACGGAGGGGAAGCAUCAGAGAGCCUGUGUGCUGCUGCUCUUGACCACGGUGACGGUGGAUCACCUCUAACAAGGAAGAAUGGGACGUCUGGCUCCCUGCGGUCUCCUAGUACCGACAUCAAAGAGCAGGAUGGUGGUUUUGCCUCUAAUGUAAAAGAAGAAAAGGAAAGAGGGCAUGAAAACUGGUCAUCUGGAGACUUUGUGACUGAACUGACGGCUGGGGGGUCUGAGUUGGCGGCUCAUCUCCUGAGAGUGAAGGAUACUUGCAGUUUAAAUGACAGCAGCCCUGAUAAAGGAAGGUCUUCAAAUCAAAAAUCAAAGGAAAAGCACAAGGUCAGAAGAGAAACGAAAGCUGUGGAAGACACUGAUGACCUCACUCAGCCAUCUGAGCCGUCCCCAGAGGGCGGCAAGUUGCCAGACCCUCAUUAUCAAGAGGCAGACCUUUGUCCUACCAGACAGCAAACAGAAACGGAAAAGGAGCCCUGGGAGCUACUGAACAGGAAAACUGGAAAUGUGGAAAACAGAGAAGCUAAAGAGGAGGGGAUGAAAACAGAGCCCGUGAGAUCAAGAGUUGCAUUAAAACACAAAGAGAAGAAGAAAGAGAAUGAAGGAGUGAAGACCGAGUUACCAGGGAAAGAUGGACUUUCCACCAAAGACGCUGAAGACCAGCAAUAUGCCAUGGCUCUGGGGAUCCUGCACAUGAGAGCAAAGCAGACCUUGUGUCAGUUGCAAGCGGCACAGGAUCGACAAAGAGAAGUCAUACAGAGUUCUCAGAAGAUGCAAGAUCGCUUGCAGAAGUUUCAAGUUAAAUGUUCUGAGGCAGAAGGUACACUACAAGAACAAGGAGAGAAAAUUGCAGAGCUUCAGGAGCUAUGGGCAGGCUUGAUGGGAAACAAAGACGAACAGCUAAAGAAACUCAACAAAAUCAUACUAUGUCUGAAGUGUUCUUUGGACCAAAAGAAGAGUAAAAAUGAAGAAUUGGAGAGGGAGUUCACUGAAAUAAAGAAGCAUUUAGAAAUAAUGAAAAGAAAAUUGAAUGAUCAUGAAAACGGAGAAUUUAGUUGCCAUGGAGAUUUAAAAUCUAAAGAACUUGAAGUGAAUAUUUCAGUGGAUGUGUUAAAAAAUGAGAUUCAUGAAUUGAAAGAAAAAUGGGGAACUAUAAACGCCAAAUAUCUACCUCUGAAUGUACAAUUUAAAUACAUUGAGCAGGAGUUGUUAUCAAUAAAAAUAGCACAAAGGCAAUACGAGAAGCUCCACAAGGAUCAGAAGAUUCUGGAAAGAGAAGUGCUAGAACUGCAGCACCAGCUCCGAGAGAACAUGGCAAAAUCAGAAGAUAAAAAACAUGAAUUGGCACUAAGAGACAGUAAUAAUGAUUCGAUAAUGAGUCAAAUGGAACUCAGGCUGAAAAAUCUUGAAUCAGAGCUUGAGAAAAUGGAAGCUGAAGGAGAGUCUAAUACAAGAAAGGCAGAGAAAUACAAGCAGUGUCGUGGCAAAGAAAGGGAGCUCAGCAAGAUAUUAUCACAGAAGCUCAGCAAGACUAACAGUAAACUGAGUAAAGUCAGAGCAGACAUUCUGCUGGUGACAGAACAGAACAGAACUAUGCAGAGUGCUCUCAGUAUGAGAACUGUCCCCAAAUGUCCUGAUGUCACAAACUGUAAUACUUGUGUAAAAUGCGACGCUAGCUUCAUUACAAGCAGAACCCCAGAGCCUUCUACAUCCAGCCUUCAGCCUUCGGAGUCUAGGAGGAGAAGUCUGCUCAAGAAGCAGCAGAAAAUGGUAAAAGACAUAACUGAAGAGGUAGAUAAAGCUGCAGCUGAACUUGAGUGUUGGUCCUUAGAAGCUUAUCCUUCAGGAUCUAAAUAACAAGAUCUACUUUAGGAAGACAACAAAAAUACAUACAGAUUGAAAAUAAAUAUGGUUUUCUGAAAGA